AUAUUGUGCUUGUGAAGAUGUGCUUGGAUUGUGCAUGACAUCGAGCACAUUCCAACGAGCCAGGAAUUGUUGGAAUCGGAGCACAUAUGAAGAAGUUACGAAGAAAUGUUUGAUGGAUUUGUUACAACUCAUUGGAAGUCCUUGUCAGCUGCUACACCAAAGUUGGAGAGCCCUAUAACGAGGAGGGACCAGCAUGUGUGGGACUUUUGUCCCCACCCUGCAGCUGCAGCAUUUGGGGUUUGGAGGCCAACCUGGCACAGUGUGAAUUUUGUCUUGCCAGGCUGGCUGAACCUGAGGAUGGGGGAGUCAAGACUUUGACUCUUAUCAUGUUCUUGACCAUGGGCCUCCAGGGUCCUUCCAUUUCAUCCUUCCCUUCCUACCCCACCUUCCAACUGUGCUUCAAUGCCUUUUCCAU